ACUAAUCAGAUCUGAGCAGAUACAUGCCGACCGUAGCUCGAGUUUCGCAAAUACGUACCUAAGUUGAACUACUGUAACCCACCAAUGUCAUGCAACCCAUUCCUAUGUAAGUGAAGCUAGCCGCCAAGGCAUAUUCGGCGGUGCAAUUUUCAAAGUCUGGAUCAAACCGCUUCUAGAACAUAGCUAGGAAAGUGCUUGUGUGACUUCCCAAAACGUCUUGCCAGUGGUCGAGACUCUAAGACCAUCGUGCGAUCAUCAUGAUGGUUCUGGAACCACAAAAUCAGUGAGCGUAUAACAUAGUUACCACACAAAGUCCUUUGGGGCCGAACUCAAGCCCUCCAUUUUCACCUCGUACUAACGGAGCAAUAGUUGCAAGGACUCCAUCUCCUCAUGAAUGUUUUUAAUCCUCGCAUUCUUGAUGCCAGCAUCCGCGAUGUGACGGGGUGUCUAUCCGACACUCAAAAGGCUGAUGUUAUGCUCCACGCCUUGCAGCAUUUGCCGUCCGAAGGACUGUUCAUCAUCAAUGAAAUGACAUACGGUCACCGAUUGUGAACGUGCGAGCUGAAACGAAGGAAUAUUAUUACAUGCAGACGCGAGUGGCUAUAAAACUAAACACUUACGAUGUUUUGCAGUGCACGAAUGAUGUGUAAUGCUGGGUAUGAGUUCGACGGAAAUUGAUGGAUCACAAGUGAUGAAAGAUGAGUGAGGGGGAGUUUAUUCACUGAAGAUACAGAAGGUAAGGAGAGGCUUUUAUAUCUAAGUGAGUGGC